AUGCACGCUACUGCAGGCUCAAUCUUAGGACCCACUAGCGCACACGGCCUGCCAAUCACGCCAGCACUUGGCGGCCUCUCAUCAGCGCACAAGCUCCAGCCCCGGGCGCCCCUUCCCUUCGACGCGAUUGACGGCUCUUCUGACAACUCUCCCAAAAAGCAGUGCCACAACGGGAAGCCGGCUCCCAGACACCUCCAAGCACGCGCAACCCUCACCUCAGUCAUUCGUUUCAGACAACAAACCAGCAAAGACAGCACACAGCAGCAACCUGCACCUAAUACACCCCCCCGUACCAUCACCGUCACAUUCACCGUGCGCCAAGCAACGCUUCUCCCGGCACUUCCUCAUCCGCAAACGCCUGCAUCGCAAGAGCGACCGACUCUCGCCCACCUCGUUUCUGCCGUCCGUAAUCGAUUCCGGAGACCAUUGCGCGCCCUUGCGAGGCUAAUUGGCAGCUUCACUGGAACCAGCCUACCGGAUCCAGCGAUCGCGACGACGCUGAGCAAACCGCACCUGCCUCCCCGCCCACCGACAUCCGCUCUCAUGCCUAUCGUGGCCACCCCUUCUUCAUAA